CUUACGGGGCAUGUUUUUCAAAAAUUUAUUCAAAAUGAGUACUUAAUUGAACAAAAAAGUUAACAUUUUGUCUACCACACAGGCACACACACAAAAAAGUUGAAGCUGAAAAUCACCAUAAAAAUUUUAAAAAAAAAUUAUCUACCACAUAAAACAAUCAAAAACGCAAAAUUACCAAAUAAAAACCCAAUUUUUAUCUAUUUUUCUGAAGUGAUACCAACCAAAUCUUAUCUUAAUAAAGCAAAGAAACUAAUAGAAGUAUGUAGCAACAAGUCUACAAAAAUGAAUCCAUGUACCAUAAUUUCUCAUAUCUCCAUCAUCCUCCUCAUCUUCCAUGGCAUCGUCCAAGCAUCCAUUACAACCUAUACAUCCAUCUAUGAGCUUCUUCCAAUCUUCGGUCUCCCAUGUGGCCUCUUUCCCGACUCAGUCGAAAACUACAGUUUUGAUUUCGAAGACGGGUACCUUGAAUUAGAGCUAAAAGAUCAACCUUGCUACGUGCAAUUAGAUGAAUACUUGAUCUCUUAUGAUAGAAUUAUAAAAGGAACCCUUAAAAUAGGAUCAAUUACUAAUAUUGAGGGGAUUAGAAUUAAAUCACAUUGGAUUUGGAUUGAUGUUAAAGGGAUUAUGGUUGAUUUGCCUCCUAAUGACAAUAUUUACUUGCAAUUUGGUCUUUUUAAUCAUAAACUUGAUGCUCAACAGUUUCAGACCCUUCAUUCUUGUGCGUCUUCUAACAAGUGGAUAAAUUCUCGGCUUCAACCUCGUCUUAACGAGAUGCCAAUUGCUCCCGAGUGAACACAAAAUGUCGCCAUGAGGAUGAGUAAUAAAUGCGAAAGCUUCACAAUAAAAUUAAUCAAAUAAAAUAAUAUUACAAUAUUAUAAUUAUGUUAUUUUCUAGACUUAGUAUUGUACUCUCUUUAUAUUUAAUGAAAAUAAUGAAAAUAGCAAAGUAAAUAAUUUCAUUGGUAUCAAGUGUCUAAGUUACCAAUCCUAACUCUAAACUCGAUCAAAUGGAAGCACAAUGUAUUCACUAAUUUUUUAUUGAGGCCGUCUUAUCAUAAGACGGCUUUAAUUGGGUUAGUCCAAAGUCUUUUAAAAAAAUUGCUCUCUGUACAAUUUAAAUUUCAUUAUUUUUGAUUUUUUUUUUGCUAAUGGGCUACAUGUAGGGCUCAUCUCACGAUGAGACGGUUUCAUACAAGACUUGCUGCAAUGUAUUAGACCGUGACAAUUCAUCACAUAAUCUCACCGUGGCCUGCUCGUGUGGACAUGGGAUAUCCGUGGGGUUGGGCCGAGAAACCCACGGGUCAAGAGUGUUGACUUGCACAUACACUUAGUGAGGUUCAUUGUUUCCCAAAAACAUAUGGUAGUAGGAGGAUUAGCCCACCCAAUAUAUAUACAAGUAUCCAAUCUACUAUUUUAUCGAUAUGAGAUCUUAUCUCAUAUGUGAAGUAUUUCCAAUACAAUACAAUAACUAUCGUGUCUAAGUAAUUAAUUUCAUUGGUAUCAAGUGUAAUUAUUUGCUAAAUAUUAGGAUUAGUUUUUGUAGGUUUGAUAGAAAAAAACUACGUACUUUUAUGUUUUGUCAGUUAUUAGUUUCUCCAAGUAGUCAGUUAUUAGUAUCUCCAAGUAGCAUUUACAAGGCCGGCCCUAAUAUUUUAGGA